UAUUCAGUCAUCACAGUAUUAGGUAGUAUUUAAAUACAAUAAUAUUUGUUUUUACAUUAGUAUUGACAAGUGUACUUUGUAGUGUAUUUCGAUUAAAGAUGCCAGGCCUCUUCUUCUUAUCGAUCUUCUUAUUUCCACUCUGUAAUGGAUACAUUAUUUCCGACUCAGAGUGCACAGAUCCAUCUAAAAUAUAUUACAUUGCCAAUCCAGCCAAUUGCAGUGAAUAUUUCGAAUGUAACAGAGGAACAAAAUUUUUAGUAUCCUGUCCUGGUGUACUUGUUUGGGAUCAGAUUAAUAAUAUUUGUGAUUAUAACGAAUAUGUUGGUUGCGUUGCGACUACAACACCACCAACUAUUCCCACGCCCGAUCCAAUAUGUCCGCCUACUGGAACCAAAGAUGUGUAUUACCCUUACGAUUGCAGUAAAUUCUACCAUUGCCGUAAUGGAGAAAAGACCUUAAAAACGUGUCCCGAAAAUUUGUAUUUUGAUCCGGCUACAUUAACAUGUAUAUACAUGGAUCUAGUAGAUUGCAAAGUAACACCAACGUCAUCACCAGGUACUACCUCUUCUACUACCUCUUCUACUACCACCAGCACAACUACUAUAACUACCACUCCUAAUCCCACGCCCGAUCCAAUAUGUCCGUCUUCUGGAACUACAAAUGUGUAUUACCCUUACGAUUGCAGUAAAUACUACCGAUGCGUUAAUGGAGAAAAGACCUUGAAAACAUGUCCAGAAAAUUUGUAUUUUGAUCCGGCUACAUUAACAUGUAUAUUCAUGGAUCUAGUAGAUUGCAAAGUAACACCAACGUCAUCACCAUUAACUACCUCUUCUACUACCUCUUCUACUACCACCAGCACAACUACUUCAACUACCACUGAUGGUUCUGUUACCAAUGAUCCACUAUGUCCUUCAACCGCAACUAUGGACAUUUUUUACCCAUACGAUUGCAGUAAAUAUUAUCACUGCGUUAAUGGCAAAAAAACACUGAGGACUUGUCCAGAGAAUUUGUAUUUCAAUCCAGUAACAGCAAAUUGUGAUUAUAUUGACCUUGUCGAGUGCAAUGUAUCCACAACGCCAGGACCAAUUACAAAGUCCACAACAAGAAAACCAACACCUUCAACUAAAUCCACUCCAUCAACAGCAACAACUACUACAACGACAACAGAAAAACCAGGUGACAUAUGUAACGGAAAGCCUAACGGAACUUACCUUGCAGAUCCAACAAGCUGCAGAAAGUUCUUUGAGUGUUCUAACAACAGUGGGAUACCGCUUAGAUGUCCUACCGGGACCAUAUGGGAUGAAUCUGUAUUAUCUUGUGUUAAUUCUGAUAGCGAUUGUACAUGAAUAAGCGAAUAUGUUUUUAAAAAUGUAGAAGUUAAAUACAUUAUUCCUUUUUAGUCAUUUGU